AUGGAUUUCAACCUGCUGGCAGACGCGGAGGCUCGCAGCCCAGCCUUGUCUCUCUCGGACUCUGGAACCCCUCAGCACGAGCACAGCUGCAAAGGGCAGGACCACAGCGACACCGAGAAGUCCCAGCAAAACCAGACGGACGACUCCAACCCUGAAGACGGCUCGCUCAAGAAGAAGCAGCGGAGGCAGAGGACGCACUUCACCAGCCAGCAGCUCCAGGAGCUGGAAGCCACUUUCCAGAGAAACCGUUACCCAGACAUGAGCACCAGGGAGGAGAUUGCAGUCUGGACCAACCUGACGGAGGCACGAGUCCGGGUCUGGUUCAAAAACCGCAGAGCUAAGUGGAGGAAACGGGAGAGGAACCAACAGGCCGAACUGUGCAAGAACAGCUUUGGAGCCCAGUUCAACGGACUGAUGCAGCCUUACGACGACAUGUAUUCCAGCUAUUCCUACAACAACUGGGCCACGAAGGGGCUCGCCACCAGCCCGCUCUCGGCCAAGAGCUUCCCAUUCUUCAACUCCAUGAACGUCAGUCCCCUCUCCUCCCAGCCCAUGUUCUCCCCACCCAGCUCCAUCGCCUCGAUGACCAUGCCUUCAUCUAUGGUCCCUUCCGCGGUGACCGGAGUACCGGCGUCCAGCCUCAACAACCUGGGAAACAUCAACAACCUGAACAGCCCGAGCCUCAACUCUGCUGUCUCAUCCAGUGCCUGUCCUUACGCCUCAACAGCCAGCCCCUACAUGUACAGGGACACAUGCAACUCCAGCCUGGCCAGCCUGCGGCUGAAAGCCAAGCAGCACGCUAACUUCCCCUACCCGGCGGUGCAGACGGCAGCUUCCAAUCUGAGCCCUUGCCAAUACGCCGUGGAGAGGCCCGUAUGA